CCUAGAAGGGAGAAUAGCUUCAGCUUCUCCAUCCACACACACUGCAAAGGAACAGGCGGCCCUGGCUGGACCCUGGGGCAGCCUCCUGGCAUCAUGGCCACAAAACUCCUGACCCUCUUACUCUUCCUGGCCUUCUACCUGGGCAGCCCGACCACAGUCCACAGGAAGCUCCUGGUGUUUCUGCUGGAUGGCUUUCGCCAUGACUACAUCAGUGAUGAAGCCCUGGAAUCCUUGCCUGGGUUCAAAGAGAUUGUGAGCAGGGGGGUGAAAGUCGAUUACUUGACCCCGGACUUUCCCAGUCUUUCCUACCCUAAUUAUUACUCCCUAAUGACAGGUCGCCACUGUGAAGUCCAUCAGAUGACUGGGAACUACAUGUGGGACCCUAAUACAAACAAAUCAUUUGACAUUGGGGUCAACAAGGACAGCUUGAUGCCUCUCUGGUGGAAUGGAUCAGAGCCACUGUGGGUCACCAUGACCAAGGCAAGACGGAAUGUGUCUAUGUAUUACUGGCCAGGCUGUGAGGUUGAAAUCCUGGGUGUCAGACCUUCUUACUGUCUAGAAUAUAAAAAUGUCCCAACGGAUACUGAUUUCGCCAAUGCAGUCAGUAACGCUCUUGACUCUUUCAAGAGUGGCAAAACAGAUCUGGCUGCUAUCUAUUAUGAGCGCAUUGAUGUAGAAGGGCACCAUUAUGGUCCUUCAUCGACUCAGAGGAAAAAUGCCCUUAGAGCUGUGGAUACCAUCCUACAACAUAUGCUCAAGUGGAUCCAGGAGAGGGGUCUGCAAGAUACCCUCGAUAUCAUUCUCUUCUCCGAUCACGGAAUGACCGACAUUUUCUGGAUGGACAAAGUGAUUGAGUUGCAAGACCACAUCAACCUGAGUGAUCUGCUGCAAAUGAAGGACCGGGGUCCUGUUGUGAGCCUUUGGCCAGUGCCUGGGAAACAUUCAGAGGUAGCUCACAAACUGAAGUUGGUGGAACACAUGACUGUUUACGAGAAAGAGGCAAUUCCCACCAGGUUUCAUUACAAGAAAGGAAAAUUUGUGUCUCCUCUGACGUUAGUGGCUGACGAAGGAUGGUUUAUCACUGAGAAAAAAGAAACGCUCCCCUUCUGGAUGAACAGCACGGGGAAGAGGGAAGGCUGGCAGCGUGGAUGGCACGGCUAUGACAAUGAGCUCAUGGACAUGCGGGGGAUCUUCCUGGCCUAUGGACCGGAUUUCAAGUCCAACUUCAGAGCGGCUCCAAUCAGAGCAGUGGAUGUUUAUAAUGUUCUGUGCAACUUGGCGGGGAUAAGCCCACUGCCCAACAAUGGCUCCUGGUCCCGAGUGGCGUGCAUGCUAAAUGGCCACCCCAGUGAGGCGCAUUUGGUGCAGCUGAGCAGCUGUGCUCUAGCAUUCCUUCUCUUGUUACUGUUUGUACAACAGAUCUGAUUCCUUGAGUCCCAAAACAAUGUCGGUCACUGUGUCUCCAAAGUGGAAAGUUGUUGUUUUUCCCUCCUUUUGUAUUUGAAUAAUAGCUUCAUUAACAGAUUCAAGGCUAGAUAAAUUACAACUGGACCAUUUAUGAGAUGGUUAUAUACAUACUCUCCUACACACAAUUCUAUUAUUUUUGAGACACUUUUUUUUUUGCCUGGAGGUAGAGAGCAUCUCAGCUGUCUCUAAUUCAUCUAGCUCUAAACCACUUGCUCUUCAUACCACGAGACUCAAGAUAAAACAACCAGCUGGGCAAAGGUCCUGGCAUUUUGUCAACUGGACUUGGCACCUGUAUUGUUUCUGUCUCCUGGGCCCAUCUCUGCCAUGUUUUCUUGCAAACCAAUCCCUCCCAGGCUAGUCCUAGCCUGUGUCAUGCUGAUAUGCAAGACCAUUAGCUGGUAUUCACAUAUCUAAUCCAGCAUUUAUUUCUUCUACUCAAUAUCAGAAGAGGCCUAGCUCAAUGCCAAUUACUUUCUCUUGCUUCUAAUCCAACUGAAGGGUCAAUUGCUCCUACCAGAACCUUCCAGAUGGGUCCUCCUUUGCAUGGGUCCCUUUGCCCUUCAUCAUUUAGGUGAAAAGUUUGUGAAAUCCCAGAACAAAGCAAAGUGACUGGUUUAUCCAAAGACUGAAUUUAUCAAUCUCUCUAGUGCUGGGUAGCAGAAAGUCACGUUAGAAAUGAGCUAUUAUGAAGAAUCAGAAUGUAACAGGCCCAUAGCAGUGAUUCAUUCCCUUGCCCAGGAUAAGCCCUGGAUAAAGAUUUGCUGAUAUGCUUGCUCAAUGGCAAUGCCAUGAUGGUGCCUGUUUAAAAAAGACUGCUUCCUCCUUAGAGUUUGCUCUGGUAAGUAAGAGAAGGCAUGUAUGUUAUUCCGGGGUAAGCAAUGAUAUUCUUAGUCAUGAAUACAUGGGCACAUUACCAAAAAACUCACAUGAAGAGAAUUCUUUUUUAAGCUUCCACUGGAGAUCAUAAGUAUGCCAAUAAGCAUUUAUUAAGUGCCUACUGUAUGCCAAUGAAAGGCAGCAUGGAGUAGGUGACAGAGAGCUGGCUUGUAGCCAGGAAGACUUGUCUAUAACACAUACUGAACUGUGUGACCCUGGUCCAGUCUUAGUGUCCAACACAGCUCUAAGACUUUGUUGCUAAGAAAGCACCAACUUUUACUGAUAGUUUCUUCAAUAUUAGUGAAACCCCAUAUCCCAUCCCUAUGUGUCAAGCACUGUGGAUACGACAGAAGACAAAAUACACACUGUGGAAGAUAGACUAUGGAAGACAAAAGUGAAACAGUUCCAAGUUGUUGGGGUGUUUUUUCAGUUGUCCAUGUUCAUGCAAAUCAUAUCACAACCCAGAAUGCCAAAGGAAUGGAGGAGGCAGACCAGGUGCAUGUCAGCUAGUCAACAAAACAUCCCUUAAUUAGGCAGCAAGCAUAAUGAACCCACCUCCCGCCUUGCUUCUUUGGAAAUCUCCAAGACUUGAUGGACCAGGAAACACUCUUCUGUUACUGUUUGUAUAACUGGUCUGAUUCCUUGAGUCCCCAGAGACUUAGUGGAACAGAUAACAAAGAGCCUGAGUGGAGAUAUGUUGAGUUUCUUCUCUAAAAAUUUACUGCCAGAGAUCUUGAGAUUUUUCAUUUUAAAAAGGCCUAGUUGGACAUUUUCAAAUGCCAGGAGUGACGGAUUUCUGUCUCAUUGCAUUAUGUAGAAAAGCCACGUGACUGCACCAUAGACUGAGCCCAUCUGAGAAGGUGACUUUUCAUCUGGCUCUGGCCAGCCAUAAGAUGCCUCAGGAGAGAAAGAACCUGCACAAUGCUCACCUUGGAAGACAGUUCUUCUUCCUCAUCUCAAAUCAUGUGACCUGGGGGUUGUCUUCAUGCCAUGAGGUAUAAGAGUAAAGAUUCAUAGCUUUAAAAAAUUCAAAUUAAUCUUCACAGAUAAUUUCUGUAACCUCAGCAAAGGUUUUUGUAAUGUGUUUUUAAAGCUCCAACAACCAUCAAGUCAAUUGGAAUGAAGGCAAAUCAACCUUU